CAGCUGUUUUUGACGUUUUAAAUGUUUACCAACAUCAUCGCACGCCGCAAAAUCCAAAUUUUUAGCAGUUUCAUGGGGAAAAGUAAACAAAAAACGCCUGCAGCUGCUGUGCCAACGCCUGAAACUGGUCCCAUAUCGAUUGACAAACAAGGAAAUAUUCGAAUAAAUAUCCUUGCCAAGCCGGGAGCGAAACAAAAUGGCAUCACAGACAUCGGGAGUGAGGGAGUUGGAGUUCAAAUUGCUGCGCCGCCAGUAGAAGGAGAAGCAAAUACGGAACUCGUGAAAUACUUGUCAAAGGUUCUGGGACUGAGAAAAAGUGACGUUUCCUUAGACAAAGGCUCGAAAUCUCGCAUAAAAGUUGUUUCUGUGAUGAAAUCCGAUGGUGUGACAGUCAAAAGUGUUGAAGAUGCUCUCCGGAAAGAGAUUGAUAGUUGAAUUUUCGUACUAUAAACUUAUAUUUAUUUGAUA